CAACGAAUUCGGUAUAGGAGGACUGACGCUGUGUUAAAGGUAACCUGCAUGUGCACAUCGAAUUACUGAUUUUCCAUUGCUAAUAUUAGCUGUAUCUUAUAAUAAGACAUUGCUGGGGACUACCUCUACUCAUAGGGUCAGAUUGACCAGUCACUGAUCGGGACAUCAGGUGACCCAGCUCCCCCUGGUGUUGCUCUGUCAGUUCCGCAACCCAUUGUGGAAUGUUUCGCAGCGCACUCGGAAAGACUGUGGGAUUUGUCGGCUACACUAUCCAGUAUGGUUGCAUCGCACACUGUGCCUUUGAAUACAUUGGGGAGUUGGUCUCUUGCACUGGGCCAUCAAUGGAACCCACCAUCACAAGCAAUGACAUAAUCUUCUCCGAACGGCUAAGUAGGCAUCUUUACAGAAUAGAAAAGGGAGACAUUAUUAUAGCCAAAAGCCCCUCUGAUCCAAAGAUGAAUGUCUGCAAACGAGUGAUUGGGCUGGAGGGGGACAAAGUGUGCACCAGUAGCCCCUCAGACAUCUUUAAGACCCACACUUACGUACCGAAAGGGCACGUAUGGCUGGAGGGGGAUAACCUUCGGAAUUCCACAGAUUCCCGAAGCUAUGGCCCAGUUCCCUAUGCCCUAAUCCGAGGGCGUGUGUGCUUAAAGCUGUGGCCCCUGAAUAACUUUGGGCCCCUAAGUGAGAGUCCAAAUGAGAGGAUUCCACGAAGUAGCUGACCCGAUACUGGUCUGUGUAGAUACAAUACUUUUCUAAAUGAUUUUAAAUAAAUAUUUAUGAAUAACCA